CAUGCUUCCGGAGACAAAAUGAGCGCGUUGUUGUCUGUUGGCUGCAGGACGAAGCUUCGGCUGUUUCCCGCCGCUGUUUCUUGCCGUCGGCUACAGCUAAAGAAAGAGCCAACCUUGUCCCAGGAUCAGUCUGUCAGCAUGAGCAGCCUGGACUCACACCAGCAGCUCUCUGCUGGCUGCCGGGACAAAUCAACAGCUGCUGACUCAGAGGAGUGCACCAGGCCGCCCCUGCAAGGCCUGCAGCUGGCAUCGCACGCCGUGUUGGACCGGGCCCGGCAGAGAGGCAGGGUGUCCUGCUCCAGGUGUGGACGCAACAGGAUGUUCUUCUGCUACAACUGCUGCUUGUUACUGGGCACGGAUAAGGAAGCCGUCCCUCGGGUCCAGCUUCCUGUGAAGAUCGACAUCAUCAAACAUCUCAAAGAAUCGGACGGUAAGAGCACCGCCGUCCACGCCAAGCUCCUGGCCCCCGACGACGUGACCAUCUACACCUACCCCUGCAUUCCUGACUUCCACACAGAGGAGGUGGUUCUGGUGUUCCCGGGCCCGCAGGCCGUUUCAUUUGAGGACAUGCUGCAGCGUUUACGUGACAGGAGCUCCAACGGGUCAGGUGACUCCGGUGAGCCCCGCCCAAAGAGGCUGAGAGCCGAAGGAGUCCAGGCGACCCCCCUAAAGAAGGUGGUCUUCAUCGACAGCACCUGGAAUCAGACCAAUGAGAUCAGCACAGACGAGAGGCUGCAAGGUCUGCUUCGGGUGGAGCUGACGUCCAGGAAGACGUGUUUCUGGCGCAGUCAGCAUGGUAAACCGGACACCUACCUGGCAACCAUCGAGGCCAUUUAUUACUUCCUGAAGGACUUCCACCAGCUGGGCCUGGGUCUGGAGUACCACGGAGAAUAUGACAACCUGCUGUUCUUCUACUCGUACCUCCACUCUCUGGUCAACUCAGCUAGAAGAGCUGCUAGCAGGAGCUGAAGGGUUCAGAGA